AUGAGCACCACUCAACAAUAUCCUUGGCCAAAUGGCAAACGCGCCUGCAUCAGCUUGACAAUGGACAACAUGGGCGAAGCUGCCGAUCUCCACCGUGGUCUCUGGCCCAAAGACAAGCCAGUAGGCUCACACUUUUCCGUGACGGAAAAAUUGCCCUUGAUGCUUGACUUGCUCGACAAAUAUCACAUCCCAGCCACCUAUUUUGUCGAAGGCUGGAAUUGCCCUGUCUACACAGAGACGAUCCAACAUGUCCAGAAGCGGGGUCAUGAGAUUGGGUUCCAUGCUUAUCAACAUGAGGUGUGGAAGAAUCUCGAUGCGGACACUGAGGUUGGGAAUCUGAACAAGAGUGUCGAGGGUGCCGAGGCCAUUGGUGUGCAUUACAAGGGCUUCAGACCUCCGGGAGGAUUGGUGACUGAUCGCACACUGGAUUUGAUGAAGCAAAAGGGCAUGAAUUACCUUUCUCCAGCAGCCGAGCGUCCAGCUCUGGUCGAUGGCGUUGCAAUGGUUCCCUUUCAAUGGGAGAGCAUCGAUGCAUAUUUCUACAUGGCUUCCACAGCUGCGUUGAGAAAGGGCAAAGGCGACGCUGAGGAGCCACUAUCACCACAAGUCUUGAAGGAUCGUCUGUUCAAGAGGAUAGACGAGGUGGUAGCAGAGGGUGGAUAUUUAGCUUUGUUGUUCCAUCCUUUCUUACAGACCGAAGACGAAAAGUUGAAGGUCAUGGAAGAAGUACUCGAACAUAUCGUGAGCAAGAAAGAAGAGGCCUGGAUAGCUCAGUGCAAGGAUGUCGCAGACUGGAUUCAGAAAAACCCAGAGGCAUUUGGCAGCGAUCCUGGCUGGGACAAGGCAGAGUGGAAGAAGAACUAA